AUGAUCUCAAAUCGAGCAAGUUCUAGUCGAAGUAGUUUUACAGAAGAUGAAUCUGAUCAUGAUGAAAAUUUAUUUGUAACAAAAAAAGUUUCAUCAUCAAGAAAAAAAUCUUAUAAAAAAUGGACUAAAGAUGAAGAUGAACGUUUAAAAGAUUUUAUUAAUUUAAAUGGUGGCUUAAAAGAUUGGUCACGUAUAUCGAAAUAUGUUGGAAAUGGUCGUACUGAUGCACAAUGUCAACAUCGUUGGGAACGUUUUCUUGAUCCAUCUAUAACAAAAGGACCAUGGACUGAUGAGGAAGAUAAAAAAGUUAUUGAACUUGUACAUGAUUAUGGUGCAAGACAAUGGAGUUUAAUUGCAAAAGAAUUAAAAGGACGAGUUGGAAAACAAUGUCGAGAAAGAUGGCAUAAUCAUCUUAAUCCAGCAAUUAAUAAAAAUCCGUGGACAAAUAAUGAAAAUCUUCUUUUAUUUAUUUUACAUCAACAUUUCGGAAAUAAAUGGGCAGAAAUAGCUAGAUAUUUUAAUGGAAGAUCCGAUAAUUCAAUAAAAAAUCAUUGGAAUUCUUCAAUGAAAAAAAAAUUUGAAUUAGAAGUAACAAAUUUAAAAAGACAAGGACUAGAAUGGACUGCAUUAAUUCCACCUGAUUUUCCAUGGCCUAAACUUGAUAAAUCAUCUUUAUCUCGACGACCCUUAAAUACAAUAACAAAUCGAAUACAUCGUUCAAAUAUGAAACGAUCUUCAAAAAUAACAACAUCAUCAUCUUCACUUGCACCGAUCAAUAAAACUGAAAUUCAUUCACCAAUUGUGGACAGUGACAAUAAUACUAAUCAUCAUUUUUAUCCAACAACUGAUCACAAAAAUUUCACUGUUUCAUCUCCACAUCGUCUUACAACGGUUUAUUCAGAUCAUUUACAGCCCAUAUCUUCUUCGCAAACAUCAUCUGAUGUACAACAACAAGAAUGUUCAUCACAAGAACUUGAACAUCUAUUUUAUUGUACGCCACCAUCUCCUGCUAAACAAUUACCUAUGCUUUCAUCAUGUGCAGAUUAUACAACAUCAAGUCAAAAUUCUCAAACAGAUCAUCAUAUACCAUUAUUUCAUUAUUCUCUUGAUUAUUAUCCAACUCAUCCACCAUCUCGUUCAUCAUCAUUACCUGUAUUUACAUGUUCAUCAUCGCCACAUUUAACAAUCUUAUCUAAUGAUACAACAAAUCAUAAUGAAAAUCGAAAUAUAUUUACAUCUGAUGAUUCAUUUACAAUUAAUUUUAGUUCUCAAAAUGAAAUUAAACAAGAAAAUGAACAUUUAUUAAUUGAUCCUACACAAUCAGAACCAAAUCAUGAUAUUGUUAUUUCACCUAAAACUAUAUCAAAUACAUCAUCACCAUCAAAACAUCGUGUACUUAAUACACCUGAACGCUUGGAUCAGCCACAUCGAAGUCAUUUAACAGAACAAGAUUGGUUUAAUGAUUUUCUUGCAUGUCCUGAUCCAAUAACAACAAUUCAAUCUGACAAUCAUUCAUCUAUACGACCGACUAUUGUACGACGACAUAAACGUUUAGAUAAAUAUCAAUCAACAAUAAUUGAAACAAAAAAACGAGAGAAUUUUUCGAAGAAUUUAUUUAAUUCAUCAAAAAAACUCAAAGAAGAAUUAGGAUAUGAUCCAACUUAUACAGAAAUUUUAAUAGGUCAAACACGUGAUCAACGGCAUGUAACUGAACAAGCUCGACGAUAUCUUUCUUGUUCUUCAUUAAAUAAUUAUAAUCCAUAG